UCCUCAAAAUGGAAAGUUGCUUGUGAAGAACAAGAACUGCUGUCAGCUUGGAGCCUGCCAGGUGAUGUUGACAGCUUACUCGUUGGCAGAGGGAGAGCAGAAGAACCUCAGCUGACAUUAGUGACUGCAGUCCCCGAGCAGACGAGCAAAAAUCAAAUUAAAGUAGAUCUUGUAGAUGAAAAUUUUACAGAAUUAAGAGGAGAAAUAGCAGGACCUCCGGACACACCAUAUGAAGGUGGAAGGUAUCAGCUAGAGAUCAAAAUUCCCGAAACAUAUCCAUUUAAUCCUCCUAAGGUGCGGUUUAUCACCAAAAUAUGGCAUCCUAAUAUUAGCUCAGUCACUGGGGCCAUUUGUUUGGAUAUUCUGAAAGAUCAAUGGGCAGCAGCAAUGACUCUCAGGACAGUGUUGUUAUCGCUGCAAGCAUUGUUGGCAGCUGCAGAACCAGAUGAUCCACAAGAUGCAGUAGUGGCAAACCAGUACAAACAAAAUCCAGAAAUGUUUAAACAGACAGCUCGACUUUGGGCACAUGUGUAUGCUGGAGCACCAGUUUCUAGUCCAGAAUACACCAAAAAAAUAGAAAACCUUUGUGCUAUGGGCUUUGAUAGGAAUGCAGUAAUAGUGGCCUUGUCUUCAAAAUCAUGGGAUGUAGAGACUGCAACAGAAUUACUCCUGAGUAACUGAGCCAUCUAGAGAGAGCUGCUUCUGUAGUCCAGCUUGCCCCUUCUGGAGGAGCAUCACCAUCUGUUAUUUCUAGGAUUCUCUAUAGAUUCUCUUUCAAAACUGGCACUCUUGCCUGAUGAUGCUAUCUAGGCACUAUUGGAGACUGAAAAAAGCGCUCUGUAAAUAAAGCUAAUUAAACGUCUGUGUAAAUUUAAAA